AUGUCUGUAUAUCGGUUACCGAAAACGACUGUGAAGAAGCUAACGGGUGCUGUUGCGCAGUUUUGGUGGAGUCCAGGAGGUAGUACAAGAGUUCUCUUUCUAAAUGUUUCUAAUAAGCCCAUCUUUUGCUUACAACUUCUCAGAUUCAUUAGAGAUGAUUAUAUCGGUAAACUUUGCUUUUCCAGUUACUUGCCGUUUGGUGGAGGGCCGGGGAAAUGCAUAGGCGACACGUUUGCUUCUUUUGAGAAUGUGGUGGUGGCAAUUGCAAUGCUUAUUCGAAGAUUUAACUUUCAGACUGCACCAGGAGCUCCCUCCGGUGAAAGUGACUAUAGGAUACACACCACAGAAGGAUUGAAAUUGAUGGUAACGAAGAGAACAAAACCUCUCGACUAACCAUCUGCUCCUCUAGAUGAGCUUUCCCCUACUCUGUCUUGAGUCCUCAUCUUUGCAAAACUGAAAUAAACAACUAGACAUGCUUAAAGAAGAAGAAGCGAAAAUCUUGUGUUAGAACGAAAACAAAUGAUGUAGAAUUUGUUGGAACAAGGUCACUGC